CUCUUUUUCACCAUGCUUUCGUUCUGACUACGCUUCAUCUAGCACCCACAUUAGACACAGGCGUUUAGUACAAACAAAAAUGCCAGGGCUUGACCCUCACGGAAAGAAGGCCAUCAUCACUGGUGGUGGCUCAGGGAUUGGUUUUGCUCUCGCAAAGGCACUGUAUGAAGCCGGCUGCUCCGUCCUUGUAGCCGACCUUGGACUUCAUCCCUCAGCGAAGCAAUGGCUCCGUAUGGUCGAAGCCCGUCCGGGGCCGAAGAUACAAUUCCAGAAGACGGAUGUGACCGACUGGACACAACUCGAAAGGGCCUUUGAUAUCCUGGAGAAGGAGUUUGGAGAGGCUCCAGAUAUCGUUGUCCCUGCUGCUGGAGUGUACGAGCCGUCCUCUAACGGCUUUUGGGACGAUUCGGACAGCGCUUCACAGUACAAAGUCUUCGAGGUGAAUAUCACGCAUCCGAUCAAGAUGUCCCGAAUGGCUAUCCGGAGGCUGUGCCGCGCUCGAAAGCCAGGCGUCAUCGUCCACGUCUCCAGUAUAACAGCCCAGAUUCCCAGUGUCGUCAAUCCUCUUUAUUCAGUUUCGAAGCAAGCGGUCAGCCAGUUUGUAAGAUGUAUGGCGCCAUUGGAGGGUUUGGCGGGUAUUCGAGUUGUUGCCGUUGCCCCUGGGGUGGUGGACACGCCUCUCUUUCGUGACAGUGCUAAAGCUCGUCAGCAUAUAGAUUUGGAAAAGGACUUUGUCCUUCCUGCAGAGGAGAUCGUCAAGGCUAUUAAGUUCCUGGUGGCAAGCCCGAAAUACCCCUCGGGGACAGUGCUUGAAGUUGGCGAUAUCGGUGGAUGGCGAGAAGUAGGUUUAUUCCAUGAUUCUGGGCCUCAAGGACGCUCAACUCUGCCGAGACCAAAAGCGAAAAAUGCCAUCGCUCUUGUUGAGCAGGCUUUAAGAAAUGACGCUGCACAAGGUCAAAAGGAUGCUGAACCACAUCUGUAAGUUGGGACAGAGUUUCAAAUGUGUCAACAGAAAUGGAUAGUUGGUAUGGAGCCAAAAUAUAGCAAUCAG